GCGGAGAAUGUGGCGCGAGAGACUCCGGCUACCCGGGUAUACCCAAGAACUUCUGUGAAAAAAGAUCAAUAAAUAGUUUCCUUUCCUCCAUUUUCUUUGAAAGUUAGGGGUAUAUUGUCAUUCGUGACUCGAAUCGCACAGGGAUUAACGCUAAUCACGAAGAACAUGCCACGUAGACGACAGAGACAUAUGCCUGGAAGUGGCUCAGAUGGAACAGAAGACUCUGACUCCUCUGCUGAAAGAGAACAAACCAAUAGUUCAGAAAGUGAUGGGAAUGUGCCCAAGAGACAGCGCCUUACCAGAGCCUCCACUCGCCUCAGCCAGAGCUCUCAGGAUACUCCAGACUUGAAGCGAGCCGCUGAUCACGAUGAGUCUCCACCACUGACGCCCACAGGGAAUGCCCCAUCUUCUGAAUCGGAGCUGGACAUUUCUAGCCCCAAUGCUUCUCAUGAUGAGAGCCAGGCCAAAGACCAAGCCAACCGAGACUCAGAUAAGGACCUUUCCCAUAGACCCAAGCGCCGCCGCUGUCAUGAGACAUACAACUUUAACAUGAAGUGCCCCACUCCAGGGUGCAAUUCACUGGGUCAUCUCACAGGGAAACAUGAACGUCAUUUUGCUGUAUCAGGUUGCCCUCUGUACCACAAUCUUUCUGCUGAUGAGUGUAAAGUGAAAGCCAUCAGUCGUGAGAAGCAGGAAGAGGAGGUGAAGGGACAGGAAGAAAGCAACUCACGCCAUGCCACCCGUCACCAGACACCAACAUCCAAACAGAGCCGGUACAAAGAGCAGGUGGCUGAGAUGAGGAAAGGGCGAAACUCUAGCCUGCAGAAGGAGCAGAAAGAAAAGCACAUGGAGCAUCGACAGACACAUGGAAACACCAGAGAGCCGCUGCUAGAAAACAUUACCAGUGAAUAUGACCUGGAGCUUUUCAGGAAAGCCCAGGCUCGAGCUUCUGAAGAUCUGGAGAAGCUUCGCAUUCAGGGUCAGAUCACAGAGGGCAGUAACAUGAUCAAGACCAUCCUGUUUGGUCGCUAUGAGCUGGACACCUGGUACCACUCGCCUUAUCCUGAGGAGUAUGCACGUCUGGGGCGCCUCUAUGUCUGUGAAUUCUGCCUCAAGUACAUGAAGAGCCAAACAAUACUCAGGCGACACAUGGCCAAGUGUGUGUGGAAGCAUCCUCCCGGUGAUGAGGUCUACAGAAAAGGGUCCAUAUCUGUCUUUGAAGUUGAUGGAAAGAAGAAUAAAAUCUACUGCCAGAACCUGUGUUUACUUGCCAAGCUCUUCUUGGACCACAAAACGCUGUACUACGACGUGGAGCCUUUUCUCUUCUACGUCAUGACUGAGGCUGACAACACUGGCUGCCAUUUAGUGGGAUACUUUUCCAAGGAAAAGAACUCCUUCCUCAACUACAAUGUGUCCUGUAUCUUGACAAUGCCACAAUACAUGAGGCAGGGCUUUGGAAAAAUGCUCAUCGACUUCAGCUACCUGCUGUCCAAAGUGGAGGAGAAGGUGGGUUCACCAGAGAGGCCUCUGUCUGACCUGGGCCUCAUCAGCUACCGGAGCUAUUGGAAGGAAGUCCUACUCAGAUACAUGUAUAACUUCCAAGGAAAGGAAAUCUCCAUUAAAGAGAUCAGUCAGGAAACUGCUGUCAACCCAGUGGACAUCGUGAGUACCCUUCAGUCUCUUCAGAUGCUCAAGUACUGGAAGGGAAAGCACUUGGUGUUAAAGCGACAGGAUCUGAUCGAUGAGUGGAAAGCAAAGGAGAUCAAGCGAGGCAAUAGUAACAAAACCAUUGAUCCGACUUCACUAAAAUGGACCCCACCCAAGGGGACAUAAGCACUAAGAUCUCAGGCUGCUGAAUAAACUCACCUUUAGCCUCACUAGCCACAAGUAGCCUCGACCUGCUAACUGUCAGUAAAGAUCAGUGUUGUUUCUUUCAUGCUUUUCCUCUGCUUAUUUUUGUCAUGGAACUUUUUUUUUUUUUUACUUUUAUUUUUUACUUUCAGCUUAUGUCAUCAGUCCCAUACGUUCCAAAAUGAAAGAUUGUUCUCAAAACAUUGUCAAAAAACAAACUGUAGAGAAUGUCUUUGUUGUAUUUGUUUUAAUAUAACCUACAUCUACCAAGCUUUGAAUGUUGAUGAUAAAUGGUCUAGUGUGGUGGAUAUUAAUGAAUGUUUUGCUUUGCAAAAAAUAAUAACAUACCUACAUUUGGCAGCAUUGACAGGCUGUUAUAAUUCUUUCCAGAAUUUGUGCAUUUUGAUGAUGGUAGUAGUUUUUGUUUGAAGUUAAUACACUAUAAGCAUGAACAGGAGUGUAUUUUGACUAGUAUGAUGUAUGGUUACAUUCUUUGGUGUAAAAUUGUAUAGAUGAUAAUAAUGUGUGCUUCUUUUUCUGGCUCCAUCAAUACAUGAUUUGAAUCCAUUCCUCUUGUGAGCCUGCCAAAUGAAGAAAUGAAACAUUUGUUUAUUUUUUAAUCUUUUCAUCAAUGGAAAUAAUCAUGACCAAACCACUGAAAGAAUGCACAUGGAAAUAAGAGAAAACCCUCAGGUUUUUAUAUACGACUCAUCAUAAUCCUACCUUCCUCGUGUGAUUUCUCCAGAACAUCAAACGCAGUGGUCGUCACAGAUGGAUAUAUUCUGGAUAAAGAUUCUGUAAUAAACACAAACAUUUUAAAAUCAGUAUUUUAAUGGGACUGCCAUGUAUUUUUAGUCAUGGAUGUUAGUUACGUAUUUGCAAUUUGGUAUUUUUCAUAUCAAUAAAGCUGCCUUGAUAGUU